CGCACGCACACAUACAAACAGAAUGUGUAAACAAGUGUGUUUGCGGCUAUGAGAUCAGUAGAGAAAAUAAAGAGAGAGCGAAAGAGACAGUGGGGAAGAGAGAAAGAGGGAGGAGUGAAAAAGAGUCAAAGUGAUAGAGACAGAGACAGAAGGGUUGAGGGAGACAGAGGGAAGCAAGUGCAUUUAAUGUUUGUGCCCGACAAUAGAGAACUAGAGAAAGUCAGAGGGACUGAGACAGACGACGAGCUCUUUCUCUCCCCCAGAUGAAGCGGAUGAUCUAAAGGCAGCAGGGUUCAUGUGCAGCGGGAUCGCGGGAUGCAGCAACGCAAAACCCCGACGCUAAUCCUCGUGCGCUGAUGCGGGAUCCAGUGGUGAACAGGGGCGCGCGCUGAUCACGGAACAGAACGCACAGAGUUUCUCCCCCCCACACGUGCUGCAGGCGGAUGUGAGCGCUAAAGAGCGAGCGGCGGGGCCGAGGAUUCAGCAGCAGCGCGAACUGGAAGCGAUGCUGCGUUAAGUUACGGCGCUGUGACUCAAAGUGUCAAUGGGGAUUGAGGACCUGAGCAUGAGGAAUGGCCGGGCGCUGUCCGACCAGUGGGCGGACGGUGUGGUGGUACGACCCCGGACCACCGAACAGCACAUCACUGUGCACAAGAGACUUGUUCUUGCUUUCGCCAUCUCCAUCCUCACACUCAUCAUUGUGACAGCCAUUGCCGUGAUGCUGGGUGUCCGCUUUGAGAAAUGCAGUGGUGGCAGUGAGAGAGUAGUUCUACCUGGUACCGGGUCUAAUCAGUCGCGAGACGGAAAUUCUGAGCAUAAAGGGGAAGACUCGCAGCCAUGGCGACAUUCACGCUUACCGGCUACGCUACGUCCACGUCACUAUGACCUCCAACUCUCUGUUUACAUGGACAAUUAUACCUUCUCUGGCAAGGUGAGCAUCGAAUUUGAAUGUGUGAACGCUACCAAGUUCAUUGUGCUACAUGCAGACCGUCUGGAUGUGGAUAAGGUGGCUGUGUACUCAGAUAGUAAAAAAUCGGGUGCAAUGAGGAUCCACCGUCACUUCCACUACGCUCCCAACCAGGUCUACGUCAUCACUUUGCACCGAGAAAUGAAGCCACUUAGAACAUACAAGAUCAACAUCACAUUUGAAGCUCAAAUUGAAAAUGAACUGUUGGGCUUCUUCCGCAGCUCGUACAUACUGCACGGAGAGAAAAGGUAUCUCGCUGUGACCCAGUUCUCACCAACUCAUGCGAGGAAGGCUUUCCCAUGUUUUGAUGAGCCAAUUUACAAAGCCACCUUCAUUGUGAGACUGAGACAUGAUGCCUCUUACCAGUCCCUCUCUAACAUGCCUAUUGAAGUAUCCAGUCUGGAUGAGGAUGGCUGGGUCACCAAUCACUUUUACAGGACACCCCGAAUGUCCACUUACUAUCUGGCCUGGGCAGUUUGCAACUUCACCUACCGAGAGGCAAUCACAGACACUGGAGUUGUUAUCCGGCUGUACGCGCGACCCGAUGCCAUUCAGAGCGGAUCAGGAGAUUACGCCCUGCAGAUCACCAAACGGCUUCUCAACUUCUACCAGGAUUAUUUCAAAGUUAAAUACUCCCUGCCCAAACUAGAUCUCCUGGCUGUGCCAAAACACCCAUAUGCAGCGAUGGAGAACUGGGGUCUUAGUGUAUUUGUUGAGCAGAAGAUUUUGCUGGAUCCAGAAGUCUCAUCGUUCUCCUACCAGAUGGAGCUCACCAUGGUGGUGGUGCAUGAGAUCUGCCACCAGUGGUUUGGAGACCUGGUCACGCCGGUGUGGUGGGAAGACGUAUGGCUCAAAGAGGGAUUUGCUCAUUUCUUCGAGUACGUUGGGACUGACUUUCUCUUCCCAAAGUGGAAUAUGGAGAAACAGAGGUUCCUGACUGAUGUUCUUCAUGAGGUGAUGCUACUGGAUGGUUUGGCAAGUUCUCAUCCCAUCUCACAGGAAGUUUUCGAAGCUGCUGAUAUUGACCGAGUUUUCGACUGGAUUGCUUACAAAAAGGGAGCCGCACUGAUCCGUAUGUUGGCAAAUGUCAUGGGACAAGCUGUAUUCCAGAAAGGCAUCAAUGACUACUUAAUGACACACAUGUACGGAAAUGCAGCAAGGGAUGACUUAUGGAACAAGUUUUCAGAGGCCAUGCAGAGUGAAGGCAAAGACAUCAACAUAAAGGAAGUGAUGGACGGGUGGACUCUUCAAAUGGGCUAUCCUGUGGUCACCAUCAGCAAAAAUGAGAGCCUGGACAACAUGGUCACCAUCACACAGGAACACUUUAUCUAUGACAUGGAAGCCAAGAUCCGCAAUCCUGAGUUUUUCAACAAUAGUUUCCAGUGGCAGAUCCCAUUGACCCUAGCAGUGGGAAACACCAGUCACAUAUCAUCUGAGACGGUCAUAUGGGUCUCUAAAAAGACAGAGACGCACCAUGUGGGCCAUGUAGAUGAAAAGACGUGGUUGCUGGGAAACAUCAAUCAAACAGGCUACUUCAGGGUGAACUAUGACCUUCACAACUGGAGGCUCCUUAUCCAGCAGCUGAUGAUCAACCCUACAAUCAUCUCUGUAGGCAAUCGUGCUGGUCUGAUUGACGACGUCUUCAACCUGGCCAGGGCUGGCUAUCUCCCACAGAGCAUCCCUCUGCAGAUCAUCUGUUACCUGUCGGAGGAGGAUGAGUUUCUGCCCUGGCACGCUGCCAGCCGUGCACUGUACCAGCUUGACAAGCUGCUUGACCGCACCAAGGACUACAGCAUCUUUAGCAGCUAUGUGUUGAGGCAGGUUGAGCUGAAGUAUCAUAAGUUGGGCUGGCCAAGUAUGAAUGCAGACGGCUCCUUCCUGCAGGCCACCUAUCAGACUGAAGAGCUACAAAGAGCGGUGAUUAUGUUGGCCUGCAGUUUUGGGAAUAAACACUGCCACCGGCAGGCUGUGUCCCUUGUGUCCGAGUGGAUAUCGAGUAACAAGAACAGGAUUCCCCCAAAUGUACGGGACAUUGUGUACUGCACGGGUGUCUCUCUAAUGGAUGAAGAUGUAUGGGAGUUUAUCUGGAUGAAGUUUCACUCCUCUAUGGCCAUUUCAGAGAAGAAAGUCCUGCUGGAGGCCCUGACCUGCAGUGACAGUACUUACCUACUUAACAGACUGCUCAACUUGUCUUUAAGCUCAGAUCUGGUUCCAGAUCAGGAUGUGAUUGACAUCAUCAUCCACGUUGGCCGCAACCCACAUGGACGACGUUUGGCAUGGAGGUAUUUCAGAGAAAAGUGGGACAUAUUAAACUCCAGGUAUGGUGAGGCUUUAUUUAUGAACUCUAAAUUAAUCAGCGGUGUGACAGAGUUUCUCAACACAGAGAGCGAACUCAAUGAGCUGAAGGAUUUCAUCCAGAUGAGCAGUGGAGGAGCAGUAUCUGCAUUCACUCGAGCGUUGGAGAUCGUCAAGGCCAAUGUGAAAUGGCACAAUCUUUACAAGGAGCAAUUCUUCCAGUGGCUUAGGAAAUCACCCAAUGACUAAUAAUCCACCAUGUUCAUUAUCUGUUAGCAUGGAGUCUCUAUCAAAUAUUUAUAGACCAUUAGCCAUGGGAGAAGAUAAAAGAACAAUAAAAUAUCAUUUUUGGACCCUGAUAAUCUUUUGUUUUUCCUAAUAGAGAAAAGACCAGGCAACAAACGUGAAAGUGAGCAUGGAAUAGGUGAUAUAUGUGUUGCUGCAGACAGAAUCAAUGUUAAAUAUUGCCUGGUGGUGUACAUCUCAAGUGACAUUCCCUUUUUCCUUUCUUUCUUUCUUUCUUUUUUUUUGAAUAUAUUCAAAAAAAUAAAUAUAAAUAAAUAUAUUUAUUUUUUGAAUAUUCUUCAAAUCUUCAUACUUGUUCCAUGCAUGAAUACAAUUUCCUCCCUCCAAUGAUUCAAUUUUCAGAGUUAAGUCCUGAGUCCUGGGAUGCUCAGGUCAGCAUUUUGCGGACUGCAUAUUGAUUCUAAUCCGAAUGUAGAUAAGCACAAAUUCAGCCAGCCUGACAAUCAGUGAUUUCAAAUCAAAUGGUCCAAAGAAAGGAAAAAAAGUUGGUGUUUAUUUCCUUUCUUAAAGCCAUAGAAAGAAGGACUGAGGAGAUCCAGGCAGCAGUCCUUAUUGGUGUAUCGAAUGAUUGUGUGUGUCUCGGAUGUAUUGUAUGUUAGUACUUGUUUUCUUCACACAAGGUCUCACCUUGUAUAUCUAGUGUAAAGUGUAAAGUAAUCACUGUGUCAAUAUUUUCAUAUUCAGUAGUUUCUUACACAGGAAACAUUGAGAAGAAGAGCUGUAAAGGUUCAGACUUUUACAAGUUGUAAUAUUAGUAAAAAAUAUGCUAUAAAUUUAAAUGUCAGCCACAAUCCCAGAUUACUGCUCAGAUAAAAAUCACAUGCUAACAUGAUGCAUAUGUUUACAAUGAGUUAAAUUUGCUAUUAAAAUAUCAAUUGUGUAAGCAGAGGAUACAGACUCAAAUAUAAUUUGGAUAUAUACAGUAGCAUGUUGCCAGUUAAAUAAAAAAAAUAAACAAAUCAGUAAAAUGCAACAUAUAGGUGAACAAUAUGAAAGUGUAUCAUCAGUGACAGGUGGUGAUUUAAGCUAUACACACGGUUUGUCAUCCUUCUUCUACCCUGUUUACCAAUGUACCAUCACAGGAGCUUAUAUUUUAUCAGAUAUUAUUUGGGUGGUGAAUUCUCAGCACAGCAGUAGCACUGACAUGGUAAUGUACAGUAUGCUGAUGAUAAUAGUGCAACAGACACAAAGGCCUAAAUGUUACUGGUGGGUUGAGAACAUUCCACCAGCCAAAAAACAUCCAACCCACAACUAAAUAAAGGAAUUACAUUUAAUCUCAUUUUCAAGCAAUGUUUUCUCAGAGCUUUGAGUUUACAGACUUGUUUAGGAAGUGUUUAGGAAAUUAUCUGCACGAUGCAUUUCUUGUCAGGAAGUAUGACUUCACACAAGGGAAUAUACACAAGCUCAAACGACUGGAAUGAAGCAGAACAGAAAGGACGUUCGUUUAAUACCGACUGGUUUUGGUGAAAAAAACCUCAUUUGUCAAACUUGGCAAAAAAAAGUUUCCAUUCUUCGUAAUGGAAAUAAAAACAGUGUGAUCUUAUUGACUGAAAACAGUAAAGAGGAUAACACAGGGUUGUGGACUGAUCAGUAUCAGGUGUUAGUUGUAGAGAUAAGAAACAACCCCUGGAUCUACCUGUGGUACAAUUCUAAUUAAACAUUAUGGGGAGAUAUUUUUACAUAAAGAAAAUGAAGUUUUAAAUGAGGUACAAUAUUAAUUGAUUGAUCCUACCUCUUAUGUGUGUGUGGAGUUUGCAUGUUCCCUCCAUGCCUCGGGGGUUUCCUUUGGUUUUCCUCAGGUUUCCUCCCCCAAGUCCAAGGACGUGUUGUAGCUGAAUUAGCAUCUCUAAAUUGUGAGUGUGUGUGUGUGUGCGAAGCGUUAGAUUGUCAAGAGAGUAACCUGCCUUGUGCCUCGAGUCUCUUGAAAUACUCCAGCUUCCCUGCGACUCGGUAGGAUGAGUGGUGUACGGAAUGGAUGGAUGGAUUAAUUGAGCGAUAUUAAAUUGAUAUACUUUUUUCCCUUGUUGUUGUUUUCCAGACAUCUCAACCAUGAUGCUAAGCCCUGCCUACACUAUGUGCUGCACUUGACACUGCCAUUCAUUUCAGAUUCAUGCCAACGUGAGGGUUUGUUUUUAACGUGAGGAAUAAUAGGCUAAACUCCCUGCACACAUCUCAAUCAGUAUUCUCCAACAGUCUGUCUGAGGAAAAAAAUCAAGUCAACAAACAAACACAUAAGAUUAUAAGGUGCAUUACAGCUUUCUGAUAUCUCAGAGUUCUGCAUGUUCAGCCUGCAGCUUUCUCUUGGAGUGGCCUUGAGAAGUGUUCUUCAGUGAUACAUGUAGAGUUUGUAAACCUUGUUUUGCAUAAAGUUUCUUAAUAAACAGGGCAUUUCUGACCUCUCGUUUUGUGCAAGCAGAAUAAUCACACGGUAGAUGUAGAUACUGUAUUCGGCACACUUGAUUUUUCUGAACGUUUACAUUGUUCAAAAUAAUAGUUUCUGUGUUUGUAAAAAAAAAUGCCUAUUCAGAUUCUUAUAAAGUUUAGUUUGGAAAACAUAAAAAGAGUUUCAAAGGCUUAAUUCUUUUGUAUAUGU